AUGGACGAUAUACACACCCUCGUCAAUGAUCACAGAACAUCGCUUCAGAUACUCGAGUCCACAGAGUCCUAUGUGGACUCUCCUAGGGAGUCUGUCGAAGGAACCACUGCCAAAGAAGAUCCUUCCAACCCAGAAACACAAAUAAUCACAACCGCCAAUUAUCCAACCAACCCAGUCUACCGCAGCGAAUUCCCCCCACCACCAAUACCACUAGACACCACAACACAAUCCCGAAUCAACAAAAACUUCCAAACUGCAAUAACGGAAACCCCCACAAUCCGGAUAAUAGUCGACAUCCCCCCACAUCUAGUCGACUGGUCAAACCCCAUAACCUCGAUAACAACGACAAUAAACCCCUUCCUCUCACACUGGAAAAUGCAAAACAAAGUAAACCUCUUAGCAGUGGAAAUGCAGCCUCGACACGCAUACGCAGCAAUCGAGAUCAACAACCACGAAUACGAUUUCCAGACUGCCCAUAAACAGACCUUUGUGUUUCCGGUUUAUGUCCUCAAGGUCUCAAGGAGGAGUCUUCGGUGGAGGUUUUAUAGAGCCCCCACUGAGGAUGUAAGGGUUAUGAAUGAGGUUAAGAUGGUGCAUUAUUUGCAUAGGGAGGAGUUGGGGGCGCCAUAUUUGGUAUUUAGGGUUGGGGAGAGGGAGCCUGUUUUUGGGGAGUCUAGGAAGGAUUAG